GUUCCCGCAAUCGAAGCCUCGUGACGCGGUUUGGCGUCACGAAGGAGGUGCUCCAGGAGGGCGACGGCAAAAAUUACCCAAAGAAAGGUGAUACCGUGACCAUGCACUACACGGGAACUUUGAGCAACGGCAAGAAGUUCGAUUCCAGCCGAGACCGAGGCCAGCCGUUUCGGACGCAAAUUGGCGUGGGCCAGGUCAUCCGUGGCUGGGACGAGGGCGUACCCACCAUGAGCCUCGGGGA